AUGCUCAAGCUUCUCGGUAUCUGUUCAUCUUCGACAUCGACUGGAGACGUGAACUGGGUUGAUGUUGUGGCGGCCAGUGCAUCUUCCUGCGGGACUAUAACAUACAAUUAUGCCAUGGGAGCAAAUACCGUGAAUGCGUCGCGAGCACACGCAGGAGUGUUCGGCGUCGCCGGUCCCGUCAUCGAUAUGGUCGCUCAAGAGAAGGAGUUCGCGAAGAACGAUGAGCCUUGGGACUCGGACAAUAGCAUCUUCAUACAUUGGUUCGGCAUCAACGACGUAGCAAUACAGGUCUGGUCAGGGCGGAAUCUCAACGACAGCGAAGCGAUCUUGCGUCCUGAUGUCGAUGACUACUUCAGGCUGCUUGAGCGACAGCAUGAUCUUGGAGCACGGCAUUUCGUCACGAUCCUGAUGCCGCCAAUCUAUCGAGCCCCUGUCUUCAACUACGGCUUCAGCCCCGAAGCCGUCGAGAUCAAGAACCUCACCGAUUACUGGAACGCAUAUUUGCAAGAGGAGCGAGAGAAAUUCCUCGCCCGUUAUCCAAAUACCACGGCCGUCAUGUUCGAUCCGGAGCCUUCUUUCACGCAGAUAUUGGACAAUCCCCAUGAUUACGGGCUGCCGGCGCGGAAAGCCAAACACGGGGCGCCGGCGAUGUGGCAUGACUUCAUCCAUCCAGGGAUUGAUAUUCAAAAGGCGGUUGGGACAGAGUUAUGCGGUGUUCUGCAAGCGACGUGGCCGUGUUGA